CGACCAAGUUGUCAAAUGUCAAACGUUUCGCAAAGUUGUAGCUAGUUUUUCCAUAUUUUGUUGAUAAAUAUAGUUUUAAACGCAAUGGGUAGGUCUAGAUCGCGAAGCAGAUCCCCAAGGAAGCACCACAAAAGCAAACAUCACAAACGGAGCAAGUCUAGAGAGAGGUCAGAGAGAAGGUCAACCUCACACAGUAAGAGCUACAAAAACUCGGAGAAAAUUAAAGAAAAAAGCUCCAAAUCUAGGAAACGGUCGAAUUCGAUUUCGUCCACUUCGAGUAGUGACGCUUCGGUGGAUUUAACUAGGACUGAAAAACAUGCAACUAAAAAGAGUAGGUCUAGAAAGAUGGAUGAAGUUGAGAGGUUGGCGGAAAUGGAGAGGCAGAGGCGGCAGCGGGAGGCCGAGCAGAGGUUGAUCGAGGAGGAGACGGCGAAAAGAAUCGAGGAGUUAGUCAAAAAGCGAGUGGAAGAAGAGUUGGAGAAAAGGAAGGACGAGAUCGAAAAGGAGGUGAACAAGCGCGUGGAGGAGGCAAAGAGGAUAAUGGAGAAGCAAAUGAUGGAGGAUUUAGAAAGGCGAAGAGAGAAACAGAGAGAAGAAGAGAAGCGUAGAGAGGAAGAAGAACAGCGAAAGCAAGAAAUGGUGGAAAGAAUCCUGGAAGAGAAUCAGAGGAAAAUCGAAGAAGCGCAGCGCAAAUUGGCAGAAGAAAGGUUAGCCAUGGUGGAAGAGCAGAGAAAAAUGGACGAAGAGAGACAACGACUACGAAAGGAACAGGAAAAAAGAGUGAAAGAGGAACAGAAAAAAAUUCUAGGAAAAAAUAAUUCAAGACCGAAAUUGUCGUUUUCGCUCAAACCUGUUCUAUAGUAGUGAGUGUCAUGUGAGUGACAGUUCUAGAUUUAAGACGGAUUUUUAAGAACAUAAAAUUAAGAAAACUUUUUUUAUAUGUAAAUAUGAAGAUAAUUAUAAGUUGCUAAGUUCAGAUACAAAACUUCUGUAUUUA